CUCAGUCUGAAAAUCCACUGAGCAGGGUUUGAUAAGGACUUUUAACACUACGUACAGGUCCCGGGACUUUUAUGCAGGUUCCUGACCACAGCGUGCCGGUCCUCUGAGAUUAGAUCAAAGGCACACAGGUGUGGCACGGUGGAGAGGAGGGAGAGGAACAAGGGGACGGAAUUCAAACCCUCACUCCUGAAAGCUGAGUCCUGAACCUGGCGUUCCAAGGACGUGGUUCCACGAGUCCAGUCCUGACGUCCCCCAGCUGCGCACCUCAAGCCUCCCUCCCCCACCCCCACCCCCUGCGGCUCAGGCUCCCGGUCAUGGAUCACAAAGGCGGUUGCCAGGCGCCCGGUGGAGAAAAGAUGCGGCCCGGGAACAGCAGCCGCCACUUUGGAGCGUGCGGCCUGCGGAGUUCGGCAGGACUGUCAAUGGCAGGAUACCAGCUCUGGGCACCAUGGACCCCACUGGACGAGAGCUUCCAAUGGCUACGGCAUACAACACCCACACCUUCUUCCAAGCACCCCUUUAGGGCUUCCCCCUGCUUCCCACACACCCCUUCUGACCUUGAAGUGCAGCUAUGCUUUCAAGAGGUCACUCUAGUUCUAGACAGCCAAUUCCUGGAACCUGGGGUGAGUCCCAAGUUACCCUGCUACACAUCAGAGCUCCAAACCAUGAAAAAUAAGAAAUGGCUGGUUAGGAGGCCCCAGCCUGUCCGCCUCAGUGGAGUGGAUUCCGUCUUUGGCAGGGUCAUCACGGCUCAGCCGCCAAAGUGGACGGGGACCUUCAGAGUUUCAGACAAGUCAGCCUUUUGCAAAAUCAUCAGCCGGGAGCACCAGUGGCCCAUUGGACUUAAGGAGCCUCAGAUUCAGAUGACAGUGACCAUGUGCAAGCAGAUGCUGCGCUCUAUCCUCUUGCUGUAUUCAACAUACAAGAAGUGUACCCUUGCCUUGCAACACUCCAAGUAAAGGGUCCUCAUCUGAUUCCCGUUCCUCACACCGUGCCCUGUGCUAUGUGCCUGAAGCUUACAGAAACCUGUCCAUGUAAACUGUGACAUUGCCC